AUGGUAAAAAGAAAAGAGCUUACAACAGCUCAAAGAGGUGCGAUUCUUUAUGGAUAUUACCGUGGCGAUUCUUAUAGUAAAAUCGCUGCUGUCGGUUGUGGUCAUAUUACAGUCAGUGAUAUAUAUAUACUGAAACUGGUCCCAUUACAUCCAAAUCACGAACUGGUUGUACUCGUCUCUUCUCAGCAUCACGUCUUAAGCCCAUUGAUCUUACGAGCCAACAUGGUGGCGUGUGCCAGAAAUACAAGGAUUGGACGAAAAAAGACUGGGCUAAAGUCUUGUGGAGUAACGAGUCAAACAUUUCUGCAGUUUCAGCAAGCCCGUCAUAGUAGAGUUUGGAGAGAACCAACAGAAGUAUGGCGUCCUGCUUGCGUUUCAAAAACAGUCAAGCACAGUCCAAGUCGCAUGAUUGGGCACGCUUUCCUCGUCAAGAGUUAG